AUGCGCUCCUUCGUGAUUUUUGUGGUGUUCCUCCUCUUCCCGGCGGUGUUUUCCUCCCCGAAGGUGCCUCCGGAGAAGCCAGAACCAGUGCCCAUCCAAUCGUCGGCCUUCACCGCCUCCUCCUCCUCCUCCUCCUCCUCCUCCGCCUUCCCCGCCGCCACCAUUCCCGCCUUCCCGGAGCAGGCCGAUCUCUCCGGCAGCUGCCGCCUCGACCUUCCCAAUGAGCUCUUCAAGGGCAUCGCCCGCGCCUGCCCAUCGUCAUCGUCUUCCUCCUCCGGCGCCCCCGCCACCGUCUCUCGCUCUCGCUGCUGCCCCACGCUGGCCGCCUGGCUCUACUCCGCCUACUCCGCCACCGCCCUCGCGGCGGCGGUGAAGCUGCAAACCUCCGCCACCCAGUCCUCCGACCUCCCGGUGCUUCCCGACGACUCCGAGACCUGCAUGGACGGCGUGCAGAAGGCGCUGCGGGGGCACGGGGUGGCGCUGGGGGACGUCAACGGCACCUGCGACGUGGCCUACUGCUACUGCGGCGUGCGACUGCGCCCUCUCUCCUGCCCCCGCGGCCUCCGCCUGGAGAGAGGCAGCGACGGCCGGUGGAUCGCCGGCGACGACCACGCCCGCCGCCUCGAGAAGGACUGCGCCGCCGGCGGCCCAGGUAGCUGUACCCGCUGCCUGCGAAGCCUCUACCAGGUGAGCUCUCCACUUCCUCGGCUCUUCUCACCUGGUUCUCACCUUCACUCAGACUGAGAAUCUCCCUCUCCUCUUUUCGUCUCAUCCUUGCUCUCACCUUGUUCUCACCUUCACUCUUUUCCUCCCGGCGGGGGAGACUUUGCAGAGGGAGGAGAAGGAGGACGGUGCCUCUCACGGCGGCGGAGGGAGCGCCGCCGGCGGGGGGAAUAGCGAGGUCCUCAGCGUGAGGGGAGGGAAGCUCGGCCGGAGCAGGGACUGCCAGCUCAUGGCCCUGACAUGGCUGCUCGGACGGAACCGGACUCUGUACAUGCCCACCGUCACCCGCGUGCUCCGCACCCUAAUGAUGACCCCCGCCAAUGGGCGGCCGCUCUCCUGCAGCCUGUCCCGCGACGGCAUACCGCUCGCUGUCAACUACGUCCAGCUCGACGAGUCCUCCUCCUCCUCCUCCUCCGCCGCCGCCACCGCCGCCGCCUCCCCCCCACCGCCGCCCCAGCGCCUCCUCUACCUGUGGUGGUCCUCCGUCGUCGUCCUCCUGCUGCUGCCGCUGGUGCUACCGUGA